GUUUUCACUUGGCGGCACCCAUAUAAUACGCAAUGUCCAAUGUCCAAUGCUUUUUGGUCCAAUGGAGUGGACUGGAUUGGACAUGGGUGGUCCAAUGUCCAUGUCCAAUGUCCGGGCCAACACUGGACUAGACUAUGAA